AUGGCUGCCUUGUAAAAAUUCCACAUCUAACUUCUAUUAUAUAUUAAUUUUAUGAAGUGGAGAGAACAUUAAGUAAGGGUUAUAAAGUGCAGAUGGAUUUGGCAGGGUUGUAUAUUGAAGACGUAGCUUCGUCUCUAGUCCGAGAAUACCUAAGUCGAAAAGGACUGAAAUCAACACUAGAAAUCCUUGAUGAAGAACUACCACGAACUCCAAACAGCAUUGGAAAUCGCCAGCUGCUUAUGAAGGAAAUCAAGCUGGAAAAAUUGAUGAAAAAAAAUAAAGAACAGGAAAAACCACUGCGUACUAUGAUCGAAGUGAUGACGAAAUAUUUUGUUGAACGUAGUCAGCCCGGUUUAUAUGAGAAUCGUACAUCCGUGAAACAUCCACCUGUGCUUACUACGGAUGGUGAACAGAAAAGUAUUCUCUCAAUGGCAGAACAUAUACAGCCAGACGGUCCCAGCAAAGCCUCUACCAACAGCAGAUAUCUUUCAAGUCAGAAACAAAUCAGUGCAGUCAUAUCUCCACCAUUAAUAGAUUCGACCAGACUCUGUGGUUACACAUCACCUGCCGACAAGGAAGCGUUUGAGACAAAGCCCAGACCAUCUUCGUCUGUUCUUAACUCCAAAAUUGCUAAGUCCAACAAGAACGAUGUUGUGAUUGAAGAUGAUCUGGAUAGUGAGACGCUGGUUGGUGCGGGGAAGGCUGGAGUGUUUUUCAACUCCGAUACUGGAGAUCAGGCUCCAAGGACGAGAUUCACUCAGCCUGUUCCUUCCCGAACCCGCGGAGUAGCGUCUCCCAUUACAAGUAACCUUGAUGAAUCUCAAAGAAGACGUGCCUACCAAAGACCUAAAUCACGCUUUACAAGUUACCAAGGAAAAUCAAAUGGUUCUUCAUUAACAAAUUCUGAUAGUCCGAGACAGGCUGAGCAUUCUGGGAUUGACACAUUGCUGGAUGGUGUGUCAAGGUCAUCCCCACUUCAGCAAGACCUUGUCUCGCCUUCGAAACCAGAAACGAUUAAAAAACCGGUGUCGAUAACGGACGUUAUUGAGAAAAGUUCUGAACGUUUAAAUGAGUUGAGCAGGAAAAUGUCCGAACCCCAGAUUCUUGAUGAACAGAGUUACAGUGUGGCCCAAUCCAGCAUGGCAAAUAGGACACCAGGUCCACAUGUUAAUUCGGUACAAGGGAGCCUAAAAGAAGGAACAAAAUCGUCAAAUGAUAUGGAACUAACUGACAUCGGGGACCUGGAAACUGAACUGGACGAUGUUCAACUUGAACCGGUGACUCAACAGACUCAGAUUCUUAAUCUGAACAAACUUGACUUCAAACCAAUAGACCUGCAGACUGCUGUAGCCCUGAAAACUGUAAUUUUGGGUUCAGCAAACCAAAACUUUGUGGACGAAUGGCGAUACCAGGGAUUUAGUUUCUGUGAUAUUCCUGAUCUUCAGUACGGGAUUGUGCAGAAGAAGGGAGGACCCUGUGGGGUUUUGGCAUCGGUACAAGCUUGUUUUCUGCAAGAGAUGCUAUUUGGUGAAUCGCUGCUCCCCAAAAGAAGAAGUCUGCAGCCCACGUGUACUGAACGUUCAAUGUACCUGGCGACAGCUCUGAGUCGGAUAUUUUGGCGGGCCGGCAGUCAGCUCAAAGCUGUGGUUACAGUCCCCUCUGGGAGGGCUCAUGUUAUUGGCAGUUCCCGAUUUAAGUCCGAUGAUCUUACAGAAAUGCUGAUGCUCUAUACCUUCAUUAAGUACGAAGAACUGCUGUCCUUCAUGAGACAAACCAUUCACCAGUUUGAGAUGGAUGGCAAUGGUGGAAUCAUUCUGGCUUUGUACUCUUCUGUGUUAUCGAGGGGUGUUGACAAAGUUCGAUCAGAUUUCGACGAGCCUGAAGGGAAAUUAAUGGCAGCUCAUUUCUAUUGCACGCAGGAGAUCGUGAACCUGUUCCUGACGGGUCGCGCUGUGGCAAAUGUCUUCAAUGAUGUGAUAGAGCUGGACUCGGGAGGAGGAGCCGCCAUGAUCCUCAGGGGAAUUCACCAGAGGUCUCACAUUGGCUUUCUGUCUCUCUUCGAGCAUUACAAGUCGUGUCAGGUUGGGACAUACUACAAGACUCCACGACACCCGAUCUGGGUGGUGUGUAGUGAGAGUCACUUCAGUGUUCUGUUCUCGACGAACCAGGCUCUGACAAACGACUGGAAGGCUGAGCGCAGGUUUGAUCUCCAUUACUACGACGGCCUCGCCAGACAGCAGGAACCCAUCAAGCUGACAGUGUCUACAACAAACCGGUCGUUCGUUCCACCUUCAGAUGGUGAGCUUGUGCCUCCUCUAGAACACUGCAUCAGAACAAAAUGGAAAGAUGCAGAAAUAGAUUGGAAUGGAUAUGAACCAAUUCUCUAGUCAAGAUGAAGCAAGAUAAAGAAGAAAACGUGUACCCAUCUGCUGAAUGAAACAAAGAAUACAACAUUUACGCUGCUGUGUAGCGCACUGCUGGUCCAGUCAUACCAAUACUAACGACUGGAGUUUGAUGCUUUCAACUGUUUAUUGGUUGCAUAGUGUACCUGCGAAACAUCCUGUUACAAACCCAGUGUAGUGCAUUUAUAUUUUAAUUAUUUUACAACACCUGAUUUACCUGUGUUGAUGAACUUUCACAAAGUAAAUUGUUUGUGUGUGUGUAUAUUUGUGCGUCCAAUUAAUGUGAGUACUCCAUGGCAUUACGAAAUACUUCGUAGACUGGUUUUUUAAACGAAUGUAGACAGGGUCUCUAAUCCUAUCAAAUCUAUAUCUGGUACACAUAUGUACUAAACGCAGUAAGCCUACCAAUAAACAUCCAGAUUCACCCCAACAUACGACGCCAUAUAACCGUAAAUAAAAUGUGUUGCGUGCGUUGUUAAAUAAAACAUUUCCGUCCAGUUCAUAAAGUUUAUAAAGUUAGCCAGCUUGUCUUCUGAAUUAAAGAGAUGAAGACAUCAGGGCUUCUAGAUCAGUGAUUUUAAACAUUUUACUAGCCAUGAUUGAAAAAUUCACUAGCCCUACUUUAUGUAAAUAUAAUUUUACUAAUAGGAAUAAUCGGAUAUGUCACCUAAAGAAGAUAGAGCUGGAAAAAACCUUAGAUUGGGAGAUUGGGAGGGGGUGGGGGUGGGGUGGUCGGGCAGGAUAUUCAUAUCUGCAAAAUAGACUUGAAUGCAGCAUUUGAC